GCUGCGGGGAGUGUGUACGGAGGUCGAGAUGCUCACCAACGCCGAGGCUUUGGAGUUCCUGAAGAACGCAAGUCGAGUAACUGCCGCCAUUCCGACGAUCGAGGGCCUGAAGGUGGUCGAUGACUGCGGCUUUUCCCCCCUGCCCCUUGCCAUCGUCGGCGCUAUGGGUAGCUUGCGAGCAGACCCGGACUCUGCCGACACUUGGAGGGGCAUUCACGCACUGCUCCGGCAAGAGCCACAACUCGUGCAAGAUCCUGUAGGAGGUGCUCUUGCCGUCAGCUUCCGUGAGCCCAAGGGGGGGGGCUAG